AUGCUCACCACACGUAUUAAGAUUUUCAUGGGUGAGGUUUUAAAACUGCACCCCUCCCCACAGAGGAACCUGCCUUUCUAUUUUGCCUUCACUAUAAUUGUAUUGGGUCUGGAUGAAGCAGGGAAAACCACUAUCCUGUCCAAACUGACGCUGGCUAAGGUCGUCACCACUACCCCAACUAUUGGUUUUAAUGUACAGAUAGUGGAACACAAGAACAUCAGUUUUACACUUUGGGAUAUUGGCGGUCGGUCAGUCAUCAGACCUUUGUGGAAACAUUACUGGGAGAACACAAAGGGUCUGAUAUUUGUGGUGGACAGCACCGACCCUGAGAGGAUCAAAGAAGCUGCUGACGAGCUGCACAAGAUGUUAGAAGAUGACGAACUGAGAGCCGCAACCUUACUGGUGUUCGCUAAUAAACAGGAUUUACCCCAAGCCAUGUCGGUCAGUGACAUCACAGAGGCCCUGAGCCUAUCAGGAGUCUCACAGCCGUGGUUUGUCCAGGCGUCCUCUGCUGUGAGCGGUACUGGUCUGGCCGAGGGUCUGGACUGGCUCUCCAACCAGAUCCAGCCAGUAGAGGCUGAUCUGGAAGCUCUACUUUAAUUUUAUGUUUUCCUGCUGCGUCUUCAAACAGCCGCGUUUGGUAGUAUCCACCAAAAACACACAAUACCUGAUGAGCCUGUGAAGAAGAGAAACAUAACAGAUCCCCAGCCAGGUU